AUGGCUAAACUGUCGACGACGGCGGUUCAAGACGAGAACGCCAAACCCAGGGCUGCUGCGAGAACAAUGAAACAGUCCAAGAUUUAUGAUUCUGACGACGACGCUUAUGGCGGUGGAGACGGCGAUUUCAGUUUUGGCGGUGGUAAUGAUGGCGGUGACUCUGAUUUUGAGCUAGACGAAGCCCCUGCUAAAAAACGAAAACCUGCUGCCAAAGCUGCUACUGGCGGUACUGCUCCUAAGAAACCCAGAAAAACCCCUGCUACUGGCACUGCUGCUGCCAAGAAGAAAGCCGCUGCUGCUCUUCAAACACGCGAUACCAACACAGUUAUCUCUGAACCUGGUAAUGAUUCUUUAGAGAGUCUGUCUGCUGGUGGUACUCCUGAACCUGCUGUUGUUAAUGGAGGUGUAACUCAAGUUUCUGACCCCAGUCCUAAGACCACACCAAAGAAAACGACAGGAAAGAAGUCGGCCUCGGACCAGUACCAGAGACUGUCGCAAUUGGAGCACGUUCUCAAGCGUCCUGAUACAUAUAUUGGCUCAGUAGAGCACACCGAGGUGAAAAUGUGGGUAUUCGACCAGGAGUCACAGGCCAUGCGAUACAAACAAGUGACCAUCUGCCCUGGUCUGUUCAAGAUCUUCGACGAGAUCCUCGUCAACGCUGCCGACAACAAGAUCCGCGACCCUUCAAUGGACACGCUCAAAGUGGAAAUUGACCAGGAGAAAAACACCAUCUCCGUCUACAACAACGGUAAAGGAAUCCCCAUCGAAAUGCACGAGAAAGAGAAAAUGUACAUUCCCGAGCUCAUUUUCGGCAACCUGCUCACCUCGAGCAACUACGACGACAACGAAAAGAAAGUCACCGGAGGCCGAAACGGUUACGGAGCCAAGGUAAGUACCCGGGGGUGCACAUGCCUCCGGCGGCUGGGGCUCCGCCCCAGACCCUGGUUGCUCCUGCUUCGCAGGAGACCGGGACCGUCGACAUAA